AUGGAAGGUUUGCCGCACUACUCGACGAAUGUCAUAAACACGUCGGCAGCUUCAUACAACCCUUCGCCCUCAGCCAUUUCUCCGCACCAGCUCCAGCAGCAACAGCAGCAACAGCAGCAACAACAACCCACCGCGCCUGCCCCCCCGCAGACACUGCCUCCUCUCCAGCCCAGCAACACGGUCAUGCAGCAACCUCCUUCCUACGGCAGCUACCCUCACACCCCGAGAACUGCAACCCCCAACACGCCUGCUUCCACUAGCAACAUGGCCAGCUAUCCUCCCCCUCCCCCCAACGGCGCUGGCCGCGGUGCUGGCUAUCCCAUGAUGGGCAGCAACCCGUAUCCCCAGCAGUCCUACGCGACAUCUUCGGCCAUGAUGCCCCAGUCCACCACCGCCGCCUCGCAUCCCCAGCCCAUUGCCCCGGCCCCGUCCCCGGCUAACGGCCGUGUACCCCCGGUGCUCCGCCCGAUGCCGGCUGGUGGAGUCAUGCAGCCCGGUAUGAACUCCCCCUACGGCCAAAGUCCACUCAUCGCCGCUCAGGCGUCAAUGCUUCCCGAGGGCGAUCAACCCACCCACGUGGUUGGCUCCCAGGGACGCCGUGGGAUUCUCCCUAGCGCGCCGGGAAAGCCCGCUGCUCCCGCUGCCGGCAGCGCGUCUGCGAAGAACCAGAUUCCCCAGAAGGAUGCCGAUGGCAAGUUCCCUUGCCCGCACUGCACAAAAACCUACCUCCAUGCCAAGCACCUCAAGAGGCAUCUACUCCGCCGUAAGUUCAUCCCCCGAGCCCUUCUUCUUUCCUAG